AGAUAAUAAGUUAAAAGUUGAGUGCUUCUCUUCUCCGUGUUCUUCGCUGGCUCUUUAUUCAACAUCCAUAAAGUGAAAGGCAACGCAUAGAAGAGCCAUCACUCACAAACAAAGGAAAAGGCAGAAAAAAAAAGUCUCCAAAACAUUCUUCUCUUUGGCCUUUACUCAAAACCCACACAUAUAUCUUCCUCUGGCUUUCUCUUUGUCGGAACUCAUGGACGCUACGAAGUGGACACAGCUCUUUCGGUUUCAAUGUUCUAGGGCUUUCAAGAAAUGAUGAACAUUAAACCAAUGGACCAAAUCAUGAUUCCUAAUAACAACAACACACAUCAAUCAACCACCACCUCCAGUGCAAGGCCAAGCACCAUUCUCACACCUAACGGCGUCUCAGCCGCUGGAGCCACCGUCUCUAGCGUAAGCAACAACAACAACAAUACCGCGGUCGUGGUAGAGAGGAAAGCAAGACCACAAGAGAAACUAAAUUGUCCAAGAUGUAACUCAACCAACACAAAGUUUUGUUACUACAACAACUAUAGUCUAACACAACCAAGAUACUUCUGCAAAGGUUGUCGAAGGUAUUGGACCGAAGGUGGAACUCUUAGGAAUGUCCCUGUCGGGGGAAGCUCAAGAAAGAACAAGAGAUUAUCUUCUUCUUCUUCUUCAUCAAACAUCCUUCAGACAACACCAUCUUCACUUGGUUUGACUACAACACUUCCAGAUCUAAACCCACCAAUUCUCUUCUCAAACCAAAUCCCCAAUAAAUCAAUAGGGUCAUCACAGGAUCUCAACUUGUUGUCUUUCCCGGUCAUGCAAGAUCAGCAUCAUCGUGUUCACAUGUCUCAGUUUCUUCACAUGCCUAAGAUGGAAGGAAAUGGCAACAUAACUCAUCAGCAGCCUUCAUCAUCAUCCUCUCUCUAUGGUUCUUCUCCUGUUUCAGCUCUUGAGCUUUUAAGAAGAGGAGUUAGUGUUUCUCCAAACUCAGUUAUGCCUUCUGGUCCAAUGAUGGAUUCAUCAAACAAUGUGAUGUACACUUCCUCAGGAUUUCCAACAAUGGUGGAUUACAAGCCAAGUAAUCUCUCUUUCUCUACUGAUCAUCAUCAAGGGACUGGACACAACAACCACAAUAGGUCAGAUGAUGCUAAUCAUCAAGGUAGGGUUUUGUUUCCAUUUGGGGAUCAAAUGAAGGAGCGUUCAUCAAGCAUAACACAAGAAGUUGAUCAUGAUGAUAAUCAACAACAGAACAGUCAUGGUAACAAUAAUAAUAAUAAUAAUAAUAAUAAUAUUGCUUCAAUCCCUAAUAAUGGAUACUGGAGUGGGAUGUUCAGUACUACAGGAGGAGGUUCUUCAUGGUGAAGCAAAAUGAUCAAAAGAGAUUAUGACAUUAGAUUUCUAAUUCUCUUUCAUGAUCUUUUGCCUUACAUAGUCACAUGGGCAACUUUAGUUAAAGUUGUCAGAACUCAGAACUGAGCUAACACAACAGUCUUUUAUUCUCCUUAUUUUUCUAGGUUUUUAUUUUGUUUAAAUAUAUAUUUCUUUUUUUAAAAAAAAUCUCUAUAAUUUUGAUGUUAAUUUGGGUUUGUUUGGUCACUUUGAUUUAUUGAUACGUAGCAUAUAUGACUAUAUGUAUAACGGUUGUGUAUGGUUAGAAGAAUAUGUGAAUACGAAUCUCUUGAGUGUUACGUGAUAUGUAUUCAUCGCUUCUUAUAUUGUUUCUUUGGUGAAUAUAUGUUUAUAUAAAAAUCCAGAAAUAAUCACGUGAUUAUUGAAUAUAAAAAGCUGAAAUGAGUAACGAGAAAUUUGGGAGAGUAAUAAGGUAAAUGAUGGAUCUUAGUAGCCUUCAUUUUUAAAUGAAUCCAACUUUUCUUCAUCCCCGUACGUGACAUCGCAUGUACUUUAUAAUGAUAAUUCGAUUCCAAAAAUAUAUUGAUUAUCAUACAAAACGUUACGUAACCUGCUGUUUAUUUAAUCUACGUUAUAUUUUGCUAUGUGCCGUGACGGAUGAUAAUGAUGUAUAUGUCUUAAUUUGUCUGCUACUAGCUAGUUGAUCACUUGAACUGCGGAACGAGAUGCCACUUCAAUAGUGCCCACUAAACACGAAUUUUCUUGGGCUUUCGUUCUACUAAUAUUUUAAAUUCCUGUGUGUGACAGUAGUUCUCCGUUGAAUCUCUUUACGGCUUUGAAUAAUCAAUAAACUAGCAUAGAGACACGACGACAUAUUUGGGAAAUUCAAUCAUAUUUUAAAAGGAAAUAAACCAAGCGAGAUAUUCUCCUGGUGUGUAAGAAAUCUUAGACUUAUCUGCGCAGUGCGCAUGCUACUUUAUACGAAUAAAUAUUACAACUCAAAUGGAUCGAGUCAACUAUACGAAAUAUAUAAAAAACAUUGGAUAUUUGUUUUCCUUCUUUCAAACUAAGAGCAUCUAUGGAGUUCACACAGUUUUCGAAAAAAAAAAUAUUAAAAUAAACAAAAAAAAUGAACAUGUCUCCUGUAGGAUCACUGCACUGAACCCGGGUCAUCACUGUAGUGCGAGUCCCACGGCACGUGGCGACCCGUGAUUGGUCCGAUUAAUUAAUUUUUUUUUUUAAACAAAAACCAAACAGAAAAAAAAAAUAAUAAAAAAAUAUUUUGUGAACUCCUUCCAUGGGGUUCACUGAUGCAGAUGCCCUAAGUAUAUAAAGGAACAUGCACUCAGUUUAAAAAUGGUGAACUUCUGAGAAAGGCUGUGACAAAUAAAAAAAAAAACUGUGACAAAAAAAAACAACUUCUCAAAAAGGUUUAGUUAAAAUACAUAGUUGAAACUUGAAAUAGAGUAUUAUCCAUUAGCAGUACCAAAAGGAAUGAAACGGCGUGUUCUUUGGUACUCCCUCUGUCUUAGUAUAAGCACACAAAUUUUUAAAAAAAUUAUUACAACAAAAAGUAACCAAAAAUAGUUAAUCAUUAUUUUUUUUAAACACUGAAUUUUCAUUAGAUUAACAAGGUACAAAGGUACAUUGAAAAGAUUAACGACACUAAAAACAGAGCCGGCGAACCAUUACAAGACCCUCGGAAAAUUAAGCUAGGGCGACUAUCUAUCUAUUAACUGGUAGUUCCCGGUUUUUUCACACGUAAACUUUUAAACCAUGCCAAAAACCACAUGAACAACGGAAACAUAAUUUAUUCCUCUAUGAACUAGUUGUUUCCGGCUAUUUCACACACAAACUUUUAAGUCAUGCAAAAAACCACAUGAACAAUUCUAUUUUUUGAAUUACAAACACAAACUAUCGAUUUUAAACUAAUUCUCCUAAAACCGUAAAUGGUGUUGUUUAAACGUUAACUUGGUUUAUAACAGGUAGAUAGUCGGUUUCAUUUAGGUUGAUAAAAAUAAAAUACUAUGUCGUUUUGUUCUUUUCUUCUUUUUGUCAAAUGCUCUUCUUCUUCAGAAAUCGUUUUACUCUUCAUCAUCAAUUGAGGAUAAAAAAAUUUAUUCUGCAUUUUCGAGUUAUAUGACAUAGUAACUGGUUGAGUAGAUAUUUUCGAGUUAUAUAACAUAAAGCAUAUAAAGAAAUCAUAUGACAUUAAUUUCUGGAUUGAGGAGAAUAUAUAAAUCCAUGCAGGACCAUAACCUGAGAGUAACAUCCGUUUACGGAACCAAUCAAGCGUCCUAGACUACGCCAAUUUUAUAGUUCCUUGUGACAAUACAUGGAGAUUGGUAAGUUAGUAUUUGCUGCUCUUCUUUCUUUAAACCGUCUUUCAUAAACCAAGUUAAUGUUUAAAUAACACCGUUACGGUUUUAAGGGAAUUAUUUUAAAAUCGAUAGUUUGUGCAUGUAAUUCAAGAAAUAGAGUUGUUCAUGUGGUUUUUGGCAUGACUUAAAAGUUUGUGUGUGAAAUAGCCGGGAACAUCUUGUUCAUAGGGGAAUAAAUCAUUUUUCCAUUGUUCAUGUAUAAAAAGUCGGGAACAACUAGUUCAUAAGGGAAUAAGUCAUUUUUCCCGGAAAUAGACCAAGUCUAUCAUCUGUCGUUAUUUAUGUAAGAGAAUCCAAUUCCCAAAGAUCCAAUUCCCAAAGAUAAAACAAAACUCGUUAGAAACCAAGAAAAACGAAACUUCUGCCAAUUUGCCUACCUAUCUAUGUCUCUUCUCUUUUGAUAAUCUAAUACAUAAUAAGUGUCCUGAUACGUCCCCAAGUCACGGCACAAUCGAAGUUUCUAUGAAACUACUUAAUAAUCAGAUGCCUUCGUACACUCUAAAACGCAACAUCUUGAGAACGGAUCACGUCCCUUUAUUACUUCAACUCUCAGAUUCCAACAACGAUGGUUUCAAGAAGAGAGUUUAUACACCACACGAUUAGGUUCGAACGCACAGCCACAUCGGUACGAAUACGCCACUUACUUAUAUAUCUCUCCCUCGUUGGACUUAACUAAUCAAGAUACAGUUCACAUUAUCUCCUCUCUUUCCUUCCUUCCUCGAAUGGAACCACCAAGCAAGAAAUCUUUUGUACUAGAACCUAGUAUGGAGACCAAAUACGAAGAUAUGCUACCGAUUAUGGCGGAGAAGUUAGACGUUGAUGAGUUUGUAUCAGAGCUAUGCAAAUGUUUCAGUUUGCUAGCGGAUCCAGGGAGGGAUCUGAUCACCGCUGAGAGUCUCAGGAGGAGCUCAGGGAUACUUGGGAUUGAAGGGAUGAGCAAGGAAGAUGCAGAAUCAAUGGUUAGAGAAGGAGACCUCGACGGAGAUGGAGCUCUUAACCAAACCGAGUUCUGUGUUCUCAUGGUUCGGUUAAGUCCCGAGAUGAUGAAAGAUGCAGACUUGGCUGGAGAAAGCAACCAGCCAAGAACUCUGAACAUGAAGAAUCUAUUUCUCGUGUUUUCUCUUUUCUUUAUCCUAUUACUUAUAAAUGUUUCUGAAUAUUAAAAAUCUAUUUAGGCAAAUGAUUUAGAGAGAAUCCAACCUUCAAAUUGUUAACAAAGAUUAAUGUCAUUACUAAAAA